UUCAAGUGAUUAAAUACCGCCCAUAGGGCCUCUCAGCACGCAUUUGAAAGGGAGACGCGAGACUUGAAAGUCGUCUCGGUCGCGCCCAGCUGCGCGAAAAUGUCGCUGCUGGACGAUCCUAACUUUGUAGGGCAAGACGAGGAUGAUGACGUGGCGAACCAGCUGGCCGAGGAGGACACUCAGGACCAGGCGGAGGACGACGACGACGACGAGAGCGUAAAGACGGAGGAUGUGGACUAUGAGCCGGAGCUCGGGGAUGACGCGGUGGUCUCCCCUGCAAAGCUGGCAGUUGCGAAGGCGGAAACGGAACGCCUUAAGCAUCAGGCAAAGCAGAAGAAGGAGAUGCUGGAGCGCAUGCGCGAGCAGCAGAACCAGCUGGCCACGAUGGGCGACGCGGAGCGGGCGCGGCACCGCAUCAACUUCCUGUUGAAGCAGGCGGAGAUUUUCCAGCACUUCGCGUCGGACUCGGCCGUGAAGGAGGCCAAGAAGGCCAAGACCAAGGGCCGCGGCCAGCGCAAGGAGGAGGACGAGGACGCUGAGCUGCUGCAGGACGAGGACGACGGCGGCACGCACGCGGGCCACCGCCUGCAGGUGCAGCCGUCCAUCAUCACGGGCGGCACGCUGCGCGAGUACCAGAUGCAGGGCCUCAACUGGAUGAUCCACCUGUACGACAACGGUAUCAACGGCAUCCUGGCCGAUGAGAUGGGUCUGGGCAAGACGCUCCAGACCAUCUCGCUGGUGGCCUACCUGUACGAGUACCGCGGCAUCACUGGGCCGCACAUCGUCAUCACGCCCAAGUCCACGCUGGGCAACUGGGUGAACGAGUUCAAGCGCUUCGCGCCCAUCAUCCGCGUCACCAAGUUCCACGGCAACGCGGACGAGCGCAUGAUCCAGAAGGAGACCACCUGCGCGCCCGGCCGCUUCGACGUGGUUGUGACGUCAUACGAGAUGGUGAUCAAGGAGAAGAACCACUUUAAGCGCUUCCACUGGCGCUACAUCAUCAUCGACGAGGCGCACCGCAUCAAGAACGAGAACAGCCGCCUGUCGCUGGUGGUCCGCCAGCUCAAGACCAACUACCGGCUGCUGAUCACGGGCACGCCGCUACAGAACAACCUGCACGAGCUGUGGGCGCUGCUCAACUUCCUGCUGCCCGAGAUCUUCAGCAGCGCGGAGAAGUUCGAGGAGUGGUUCAGCCUGGGCGACGGAAGCAAGGAGAAGGAGGCGGAGGUGGUGCAGCAGCUGCACAAGGUGCUGCGCCCCUUCCUGCUGCGCCGUGUCAAGUCAGACGUGGAGCGCGGCCUGCCGCCCAAGAAGGAGACCAUCCUCAAGAUCGGCAUGAGCGAGAUGCAGAAGAAGUGGUACGCGGCUCUGCUGCAGAAGGACGUGGACGCGCUCAACGGCGGCGCCGACCGCGCCAAGCUGCUCAACGUGGUCAUGCAGCUGCGCAAGUGCUGCAACCACCCCUACCUGUUCCAGGGCGCGGAGCCCGGCCCGCCCUUCAUUACCGGCGAGCACCUUGUUGAGAACAGCGGCAAGCUGGUGCUGCUGGACAAGCUGCUGCCGCGCCUCAAGGAGCGCGAGAGCCGCGUGCUCAUCUUCAGCCAGAUGACGCGCAUGAUCGACAUCCUGGAGGACUACUGCCUGUACAGGGGCUACGGCUACUGCCGCAUUGACGGCAACACGGACGGCGAGGCGCGCGACAACAUGAUUGACGAGUUCAACCGCCCCAACUCCUCCAAGUUCAUCUUCCUGCUGUCCACCCGCGCCGGCGGCCUGGGCAUCAACCUGGCCACCGCCGACAUCGUGGUGCUGUACGACAGCGACUGGAACCCGCAGAUGGACCUGCAGGCCAUGGACCGCGCGCACCGCAUCGGCCAGAAGAAGGAGGUGCAGGUGUUCCGCUUCUGCAUCGAGAACUCCAUCGAGGAGAAGGUGAUCGAGAAGGCCUACAAGAAGCUGCGCCUGGACGCGCUGGUCAUCCAGCAGGGCCGCCUCACGGAGAACUCGGCCACCAAGGUGAACAAGGACGACCUGAUUAACAUGGUGCGCUACGGCGCCGAGCUGGUGUUCAGCUCCGACUCAUCCAACAUCACGGACGCUGACAUUGACGCCAUCAUCAAGAAGGGCGAGCGCGACACAGCCGACCUGAACCAGAAGAUGCAGCAGUUCACGGACAACGCCAUGAAGUUCACCAUGGACGGCGGCAUGGUGUACGACUUCAAGGACGCCGACGACGAGCGGGCCGACAUUGGCGACCUCAAGGCCAUCAUGGGCUCCAACUGGAUUGACCCGCCCAAGCGCGAGCGCAAGCGGCACCAGCUCAACUACAACGACGCCGACUACUACAAGAACGCGCUCAAGACCGGCGCCAAGGACCCGCGCGCGCAGCGGCUGCCCAAGAUGCCGCAGCUGCAGGACUUCCAGUUCUUCAACGUGCCGCGCAUCCAGGAGCUGUACGAGAAGGAGCACAACCACGAGGAGCACAAGCGUGCGCUGACCAACCGGGAGGCGGCGCUGCGCAACCAGGGCGCCAGCGACGAGGCCGUGGCGGAGGCGCUGGCGGACAAGGAGGACGACCCGCAGCCGCUCACGGAGGAGGAGCUGGAGGAGCGCGAGAAGCUGCUGGAGGAGGGCUUCAAGGAGUGGACCAAGCGCGACUUCAACGCGUUCGUGCGCGCCUGCGAGAAGUACGGGCGUGAGAACAUCCCCCAGAUCGCUGCGGAGGUGGAUGGCAAGACGGAGGACGAAGUGCGCGAGUACGCCAAGGUGUUCUGGCAGCGCUACCGCGAGCUGGCGGACUACGAGAAGGUGAUCAAGAACAUUGAGCGGGGCGAGCAGAAGAUCCAGCGCCAGCAGGACAUCAUGAACGCCAUCGCCGCCAAGCUGGAGCGGUACAAGAACCCCUGGCAGGAGCUCAAGAUCCAGUACGGCGCCAACAAGGGCAAGGCCUACACGGAGGAGGAGGACCGCUUCAUCCUGUGCAUGGUGCACAAGCUGGGCUACGGCAACUGGGACGACCUCAAGGCCGAGAUUCGCAAGAGCUGGCGCUUCCGCUUCGACUGGUUCUUCAAGAGCCGCACGCCGCAGGAGCUGGGCCGCCGCUGCGAGACGCUGAUCCGCCUGAUCGAGAAGGAGAACGAGGACAAUGCCGACGCGCCGCCGCGCACCGGCGGUGGCCGCGGAGGCGGUCGCGGAGGGCGGGGCGGCGGCCGUGGAGGCGGCGACGGCCCUGGGCGCAAGCGCAAGGGCCAGGUGGCGACGCCAGCGGCCGGCACGCCAGCGGUGGGCGGCACGCCGCAGCCCGGCAGCGAGGAGGGGUCACCGCAGCCGCCGGACCGCAAGAAGGGCCGCAUGGCGUAAAGCCGCUGCGGCGUCAGCUUCCUCAGGAUUCCUGUGGAUGUGCGGAGUGUUUGUCCCGGCCCGGCCGGUUGUGCACGAUGUGGGGCAGCCUGACUGCCCGUGUUCAUUUUGGUUUGGGGGACUGUAUUAGUUGGAUUUUUUGACGUCUGGCGAUGCCCGCCUGGUGUCGACAUGCAUGCGGAAUGCACGAAGAGAGAGGUUUGGCGACAUGUGUGCGCGGCGGAUCGCCGCGACGGCAGACUGUCUGGGCACGACGGAGGCGUUACUGAGGCUUGGAGACCGCGGAUUGGCAAUCUUAGCAUGUGGCACGCAUGCAGGAUAGGCGGUUUGGGAUGGCACGCCAUAAUUGUGCGGCUCAUCCCACCGCAGGCUAGGGCGGUGUACAGCAGUGGGGCGCUCUCGCCAGUUGAGGAAGAGCAGUGCGCUCAGCAUCAAGUUGCGAGCCGAGGAGCAUGGCGAGGAGAGGCGCGGCGUCAGUUCGACAAUGAACAAAGAACCGUGGUGACAGAUGGGAUGUGCGUGAUGGGGCUGGGGCAGGGAUUGGACUGGGCGAAGGGCUGCCGCGAGAGGCCAAUGCUUUGGAAGGGUGUGCCGCUGCCGCUGACAAGCGCCGGGAGGAGGGGCAUGGGAGCAUGGCCGGAAGGGGAUUGGAGGAGAUUGGAGACGUGUGUCGAUGCUGUCCGCAAUGUUGAGUCGGGUACCGACUGCAAGAGACCUGACCUGCAUACCCUGUAACUUAUGCUUGGAGCAU